AAACUUCAACAUAAUCUCAUCACCAAAAGACACUCUCCAGUCUCCAUGAAUGCUUCAAAUCUAUUGUUGAUCAGUGCAACAACAGCACUAGCAAUUAUCUCAUUAGUUUUUGCAUUUGACGACGAAAAUGUUUUGAAACCACCUCAUAUACCAGGCUCCCAAAAUCUUCUCACAAAAUCCGAAAUCAUUCAAUUGAAAAGAGCAGUUGGACCGGAGAGUAUUGCUUUUGAUCCAAACGGAGAAGGCCCCUAUACAGGAGUUGCCGAUGGACGAAUUCUCAAGUGGAAAGGAUCAUAUUGGUCUGAUUUUGCAGUUACCUCUUCUCAUAGGAAGAAUUGUACCCUGCCAUUUGCUCCUGAAUUGGAGCAUAUAUGUGGAAGGCCAUUAGGCUUACGAUUCGAUACAAAAACAGGGGAACUCUAUAUUGCUGAUGCCUAUUUCGGACUCCAAGUUGUUGGACCAAAAGGAGGACUAGCUACACCAUUAGUCCAAAAAUUCGAAGGUAAGCCUCUGGUCUUCACAAAUGACAUUGACAUUGAUGAUCAUGACGAUGUGAUUUACUUCACGGAAACAAGCACAAAGUACCAACGCAGGCAAUUCUUCGCCUCUCUUUUAAGUGGAGAUAAGACAGGCAUGCUAAUGAAAUAUGUUAAAUCCACACAACAAACCAAAAUUUUAAUAAGAGGCCUUGCUUUUGCAAAUGGUGUAGCUCUGAGCAAAAACAAGUCCUUCGUGCUCGUAGCUGAAACUUCAACCGGUAGAAUUUUUAGGUAUUGGCUGAAAGGUCCUUACAAAGGAAAACAUGAUACAUUUGCUGAGUUACCGGGAUUUCCAGACAACAUCAGAAUGAAUUCGAAAGGAGAAUUUUGGGUUGCUCUGCACGCUAAGAGAUCAGUAUUUGCACAAUUGAGUGUUUCGGAUUUAGAGCUCGGGAAGGCAUUGUUGAAGCUCCCGAUCACCGCGCAACAACUUGACAACUUGUUAGCCGGAGGGCAGCCACACGCUACCGCGAUCAAGCUAAGCGAAGACGGGCAAGUUUUGGAGGUUUUAGAAGAUGUUGAAGGCAAGACAUUGAGGUCGAUUAGUGAAGUUCAAGAGAAACAGGGCAAGUUGUGGUUUGGUUCUGUUUUGAUGCCCUUUUUGGGCAUUUAUGGAUUAUAAGUUCUAGUUAUAUAUACCGUUUGGGUAAGAAAUUUUAUUUUACGAGAAUAUAUCGACUACCUAAAGAUCGUCCUACGAGUAAUUUUAGUUAAAUACAAGUCAAAGUUAUGUCAAUUCCAAGCUUCUAAUAUGAUGAUAAAUGUUCCUUAUUUUCCAAUUGGUUGGAACUUCGAAGCCACUUGUAUAAACUAUAGUAUAAAUUAUGAA